UUGGCGUGGUAACGUAGAGCCUGUGGGCGACCUUUUUGCAGCCCGACUUUCCGGUGUAGGUGUCUGGUUGUAGCGGUCCGGUGGGUCGCUAAGUCUGGCCAGGAGCGUUUUGUCCUUGGCGUUUGCGGAGUGUGCCGUCACCGUUCUGCCCUGUUGGGGAGAGGGAAAGAAGCGGUUCUGUAGGGGACAGAAUUGGGAGCCCUAGAGCUCCUUUUAGCUCGGGCUGCAGCCGACCACAGAGGGCCGUCGUUGGCAGAGUUUGAACCCGCUGACACCCGGGCUGCGCCUUUGGAGGUCCGGGGUGGGGCGUAAUGUUCGGGUCCCGGGUCCUUUCUCGAGCCCUGCGCUUCUGCUCGUCCGUGCCCUGCCCGAGGCACAAGCCUUCAUCCAAACUGAGCGUGCGGGACGCUCUCGGGUCCCAGAACACGAGUGGGGAGCGCGUUAAGGUUCAGGGAUGGAUUCGUUCAAUCCGGUCCCAGAAGGAAGUCUUGUUCCUACAUGUAAAUGAUGGGUCAUCUUUGGAAAGCCUUCAAAUCGUUGCAGAUGCAAGCUUUGAUAGCAGAGAAUUGACUUUUGGAAGUUCUGUGGAAGUCCAAGGCCAGCUGGUAAAAAGUCUAUCCAAAAAACAAAAUGUGGAACUGAAGGCAGAGAAAAUUGAAGUUAUUGGGAAUUGUGAUGCCAAGGCAUUCCCUAUCAAAUAUAAAGAGAGGCAUCCUCUGGAAUUCCUGAGACAGUACCCUCACCUUAGGUGUAGGACAAAUGUUCUGGGUUCUAUAUUGAGGGUUCGCAGUGAAGCGACAGCUGCUAUUCAUUCCUUCUUCAAGGACAGAGGUUUUGUGCACAUUCAUACCCCAGUGAUUACAUCCAAUGACUGUGAGGGGGCUGGAGAGCUUUUUCAAGUUGAGCCUUCAGGAAAAACAAAGAUACCUAAGGAGAAUUUCUUCAAUGUUCCAGCAUUCUUAACCGUUUCAGGACAGCUUCAUCUAGAAGUGAUGUCAGGAGCUUUUACUCAGGUAUUUACCUUUGGUCCAACAUUCCGAGCUGAGAAUUCUCAAAGCCGGAGACACCUAGCAGAGUUUUAUAUGGUAGAAGCAGAGAUUUCUUUUGUUGAGAACCUUCACGAUCUCAUGCAGGUUAUGGAGGACCUCUUCAAGGCUACAACAAUGUCUGUUCUCUCAAAUUGUCCUGAAGAUGUUGAACUCUGUCACAAAUUCAUAGCUCCUGGCCACAAGAUUAGAACAUAUGCUAAAAAACAACUUUUUAAUUGGGGUGUCGAUCUACAAACCGAACAUGAGAAGUACCUGGUGAAGCACUGUGGCGACAUACCAGUCUUUGUCACUAAUUACCCACUAGCACUCAAGCCUUUCUACAUGAGGGACAAUGAAGACGGUCCUCAGCACACAGUUGCUGCUGUUGAUCUUCUUGUACCUGUAGUUGGGGAACUUUUUGGUGGCAGCCUCAGGGAGGAACGAUACCAUAUCUUAGAGCAGCGACUGGCCAGGUCAGGACUUACAGAAGCCUACCAAUGGUAUCUGGACCUUCGUCGCUUUGGAUCUGUGCCACAUGGAGGUUUUGGGAUGGGAUUUGAGCGCUACCUGCAGUGCAUCUUGGGAGUUGACAAUAUCAAAGAUGUUAUCCCCUUUCCACGAUUUACUCAUUCAUGUCUUUUAUAAAACUGACAGUUUGGUUAAUGAAUAGUGCCCUGUGAAAGAAGCACUAUACAUAUAUAUACCUUUAAAACUGCUUUUUUUGAAUUUUAGAAAUGUGGAAUUCAGUACAUAAUUAUUCUGCCAUAAGAUACAAUGUAUGAAAAGUAAAAAUGAUCACAAUUUUCUUAUAAAGCCAAGGAUAUUCCAUGGAAAAACGAUCUCCCUCUGGAAGAGGUGCUUAUAGCACGGAUUACAGAUGUAUUACUUCAGUUAAGAAAAAAGGAAGUAACCAAUCCUGUAGACCCAGCUCUUUGGAGACUGAGGCAACAUUACUUGAGCCCUGGAAUUUCAGUCCAGCCUAAACAACAUAGCAACACCCAUCUCAAAAAAAAAGAAGAAGAAGAAAUUGAACUAGAUAAAUGGUCUCGAAGAUCUUUUCAAAUUCCAAGACAAGAUGCAAUAGUAUAUUUUACUUUUUGUCUUUAUUCAGUAGAUCACUUCCUUCUAUAACUUUUGAGAAUCAGUAGCUAAAAAGAAAAUGAUGUUACAUUUUUUCUCCUUAACCUAUAAUAAAUCCCAUGUUACUCUCAGUGCUUUUUUUAAACUUAACAGAAGAAAAUGCUCUUCUUUAGCAUUUUAGUUAAUUAAGUUGCUAUUCUGAAUUGAAGUCAUAUUUCUUUGGGUAAAAAAAAAUUAACGAUAACCAUUGAUCUUUAAUUAUAAAAGCUAAUGAGGUAUUGCAUUAUUAAAUUUACAAUCAUUGUUCUAGCUAUUUUAUACUAGAUAUUUAUAACUUCUCUAACAGUUAAUAAAAUUUAAAAAUAGACCCCCAUGAAAAAAUUUGUUUUUGUUUGUUUUGUUUUGUUUGUUUGUUUUUUGGUGCAAGGUCUUGCUGUGUAGUUCAGGCUGGCCUAGAGCUUACAGUGACCCUACAACCUGGGCCUCCCACAUGCUGAGAUUACAGGCACACACCAUCACUCCUGGCUGAAAAAAGUUGUUUUGAAAAUUUUCUUCAUCCUUUCUCAGUAUAAUUUCGAAGUAAAACAUCUUUAAUCCAAAAUGGAAAUGAUAGUAGGGCUAAGCUUAAAGAAUGAAUAAUUCUCGGGUCUGAAAGUGGCAAGGCAUACUUGAAUGAGCUUUGGGAGUUUGCGACCUGACAGUUCUAUUGUUUUUGGACAGUCUUCUUACGCUCUAUGAAUUCAAAUGUCAUUUUUUUCACAGAGUUCAUACAGUAAUUACAUGAAAACGUGUGUGUGUGUGUGUGUGUGUGUGUGUGUGUGUGUGUGUCUAACUGAUGCUGGGGCCAGGCACAGUGAUGCACGCUUCUAAUCCCAGCUACUCAGGAGACUGAGAUGGGAGGAUCACAAGUUUGAGACCAGCCUGAACAACUUAAAAAUACACCAUUUCAAAAUAAAAAUAAUAAAAAGGACUGGGGUUAUAACUUA